UGUUGCAGAUUGCUACUUCAAAAAUAUUUUCACGUUCAUUCCAUUUUUGCGUUCGAAAUGGUCAACAAUUUGCUGAUCUUAGCAAAAUUGUUCACAAAGAAUUAGACGAACGAUUCAAAUUUGUUUCAACUGCUGAGUCAGGUACAAUUCUUCCUGUUUUCGUUUCUGACCCGAUAUUUGACGGGUUAUCUCUGCGGAAACAACGAGAGAUGGAACCAAAUUCGAUUGGAGACUAUUCCACCUGUUAGUAAAGUAGUUUUGAUGGAGAAUGUUUUGGAGCAAACGAAAAUUCCAGCAACUCCGCAGGAUUACUUGAACAAUGCUGUGUUUUUGUUGAACGGUGGAAAUGGUUCUCUUGCAUCUGAAGCAGCAUGGAAUUGUGGAUCACUUCAGUUAUCGAAUUUUUUGCUUUGUCAUCAACUUGACGCAAAACAUGACGAAUUAAAAGAGAGAAUUGUCCGUUUUUUAGAGAAUUCGUUCACUGAUCGGAUUUUAUGGCAAUGCUUCUAUGCUACUUGGUCAACGUUGGAAGAGGGCUAUGAAAACUAUUUCGAGGAUGAUUGUACUUUGGAUGAAGUUAAAGAAAUUCUUGAGUACGCUGAGGACUUUUGCAAUAUUCUUUACAAUAUUUAUAUGGAGAAUUCUCUCAGCCCCGUGAUGAUUUCAUCAAUGGUGUUUCUCCAUCUAUAAUGCAUAAGUUGUUGAUACCGAUAGACGAAAAAUGGAAUACAAUCGAAAAUUGGAAUAAGCUUGGCAAAAUUGAGUUGGAGGGAACGAUGCCGAAUAUUAAACUUUUUU